UGAUCCCCCAUUCUAAAGCUUUGAAAUUACCGCUAAAACUGCUUUGUUGUCCUGAUUGAAACUUGUACUGUUCUAAACAAUGUUCAUAGGUUGUUUCAUCAGACCAGCUUUAACUAGGUACUAAGAUUACCAUGUCUGCUAACACCCAUUGUUCAUUAGAAGAGCAUUGAUAUAGAUUCCAUGGUUCCAAUGCCUUUCAUCAACCAAGGCUUCUUCUAAGUUCAAUCUUCAUCAGUUGGGGUUGAUAAUGGGAAAUUGCCUCAGGAAGAAAACUCAGGACCUCAACUAUCCACAACCUGAACCAGCUCAUCCACCAACUGGAGUUGAUGCCAUUCAUAUUUCUCGUGCCAAGAAGAUCUCUACAUCAUCAGUUCAACAACGGACUUCGUCUGGUUAUGCAAUUUCUAAUCUAUCAUUGCGUCUUUCUUCUUCUUUAGAGCUGUUUUUAACCAUGAACGAUCCGUUCAUAUUGUUUUUCAUUCCUGAUGCAGCAAAGUCUAGUAAAGAUGAACAAUGUGGUGCAGCACUCCAAGAGAGAAGCAGGCAUGUUUCUUCAUAUUCACGUAAAGAAGUGCGAAGGAAGAAUAGAAAGCAGGGUUUUCCAGCAAAUCCGAGAGAUUGGCCAGUUUCAAAGGUGAAAAAGGUCGGAUGGGUUCCUGCCCGAAACAUCAACGGCUUUCGUUACAGUGUCUUGAGGGCUGCCACCCAGAAAUUCAGUGAUGAGAAUUUAAUCGGAGAAGGUGGUUUUGGAGGUGUGUAUUUAGGGUACAUAAAUCUAAGCAGUAUGGAUGCAGCAAAUCCAAACACUAGCAGGGCAGUUGCUAUCAAGAAGCUUGGAAGAAGAGGGGUGCAGGGCGAUGAACAAUGGAAGAAUGAACUGAGAUUUUUGAGCACAUUCAAUCAUCCAAACGUUGUGACGCUCGUGGGGUAUUGCUACGAGAGAGAUAACAGACUUUUGGUUUAUGAGUACAUGUGCAAGGGAAGCUUGGAUGCCCAUCUCUCAAGUGAAAAUGAUACAGAGCUAAACUGCAGUAGAAGAAUCAAGAUAGCUGUUGGAGCAGCGAGGGCGGUAGAUUACCUUCACACUCGUCCCAAACCAGUCAUUCACCGUGACCUCAAAGCUUCCAAUAUCCUUCUUGAUGCUGAUUUCAAUCCCAAACUGUCAGAUUUUGGACUGGCUAGGUUCGGACCGCUCGACGACCAAUCAUACGUUAGCACAAGGAUCCUUGGCACGAGAGGAUACUUCGCUCCUGAAUACUUUAAAACAGGGCAUUUGACAGUAAAAACUGAUGUAUACAGUUUUGGGGUUGUACUCCUGGAAAUACUGUCUGGCUGCGUUGCAGUCAAGAAAUAUGCUGACGGUACUACCAGGGAUCUGCCUGUGUGGGCUAAACCACAUCUAAGCAACCAAAUGGAACUGCAUAACAUCAUCGACAUGAGAAUAGCAAGGGACAUCGAGAUGGACGAAGCUCAUAAAUUUGCCACAAUCAUCCAGCAAUGCCUUAGCUCAGACCCCAAGGAUCGACCCACAAUGUCAGAAGUACUAGCAGAUUUAGAACAAUUGCAGCAAAACAUGUUAUUAAGCAAUUUGAACUCAAUUGGAUUAUCCAAGUACCAUAGAAGUAGAAGGGCACUCAUCACUUAACAAAGUUACCAAGUUGUACAGCAGAUGUCUUAUGUAAUUUUCUUUUUUGGUCAAUUUGCUGAGGUACCAAAGCCUUCCUUAAAAACUUCAUUUAUUAAGCUGGAUAGCAAGUUUUGCAAUUUCUUAGAGUUAUCUUCUUCGUUUUUGAAAUAUUUGUUUCAUGAUGAUAGCCUAACUCAUAUUGCAUGAAAGCUAAUCACUAAGCAAAUUCAUAUUCUACAAUAUGACUGAUAUGCAUCUGCAUCAAAAUUCAUAAACACAUAAAGAUAAGUAUCAGAAUUCAUGGAAUGGAAUAAGGUUUAGAUUAAUAUGCAUCACUGAAAGGAAGGUACUGAUACAAUAAUGAAAGAAGCUGACUACCACAAUGAGAAACUCUAAUCCUCACGAAACAAAAGGAGGUGGUGUUAUAUGAAAUGCAAAAAUUGCAUCAAAAAAGCAAGCUCAAAAUUACAUUUUUAUCAGCAACAAAAAAAA